GCUGAGCUUUGCUGCCGCGCGCCGCUCACAGCCAAAGGCUUGUGAGAAUCGGGCGGUCUGUGGGAUAAUCGUUUCUACUGUCGUCCUGUUGCUGAUAGCACCUCCGCUUCCGAGGACCAACUCCAGGAGUAUGGAAUAUUAAGGAUCGCAUUUACUGUAGUGAGGCAUUUGUCCAUUGUUGUUUUUGGCUUCGUCUGGAAUUCUUUAACAAAGAAGGAUAAGCAAGGGGUGCAAAUUGCAUUUGAAUCACUUCAAACAAAUCUGGUGGAUUUGCAUCAAAGAAAAUCGGUUACUAUGUUCAGAAAUCCUUGAUGGCAAGAAAGGAAGAGUCCUUGGACUGGAAUUGUACAUAAAGCAAAACAUUUCAACUCUGCUUCUGUGGGGUGCUUAAACAUCAUCAUUAAAAUGGGAAAGCAGAACAGUAAACUGCGACCUGAGGUAAUGCAGGACUUAUUAGAAAGCACAGACUUUACUGAACAUGAAAUCCAAGAGUGGUACAAAGGCUUCCUCAGGGAUUGCCCUAGUGGACAUUUAUCAAUGGAUGAGUUCAAGAAAAUUUAUGGGAACUUUUUUCCUUAUGGGGAUGCUUCUAAGUUUGCAGAGCAUGUCUUUCGUACCUUUGAUGCCAAUGGGGAUGGCACAAUAGAUUUCCGAGAAUUUAUCAUAGCCCUGAGUGUGACAUCUCGUGGGAAGCUGGAGCAAAAACUGAAAUGGGCGUUCAGUAUGUACGAUUUGGAUGGGAAUGGCUAUAUAAGCAAGGCUGAAAUGCUUGAAAUUGUACAGGCUAUUUACAAGAUGGUUUCUUCAGUCAUGAAGAUGCCUGAGGAUGAAUCAACACCAGAAAAAAGGACUGAGAAAAUCUUCAGGCAAAUGGACACCAACAGAGAUGGUAAGCUGUCACUGGAAGAAUUUAUCCGAGGAGCCAAAAGUGACCCUUCUAUAGUACGUCUCCUUCAAUGUGACCCCAGCAGUGCUGGCCAGUUCUAAUGUAGUUCAUCCAAGUUGUGCAGCCGAAAUGUAUUUCACUUUUUUUUUUUUUUUGCCAAAACAACAUCAGGUUGUCUCACUAUAGCCAAAACCCCUGCUCUCUGCAGGGAAGUUUUUAAUGUGUUUCAGUUUUUGGCUCUGGAUUAAGCUUACUGAUUGGAGGAAGGUACAUCCAGAUCAUUGGUCUUACCUGCCAAGAUCAACAUUUUUAGAGUUACUUUUUAAUUUUUUUUUUUUUAAUUUUGGUAAAUAUGUUCUCAAAUUGCGAAAGACUAAUAAUGUGUUAGAUGAAAAUGUUUUAUUAAAAUCUGGUUAACUGACAUCCUUCUUGUAAAUGUGUGGGAUCAAAUGUCCAUGUAAAAUUACUAUUUGAUUUCAUGCAAACAUUCUAAAGUUGCAGACACAGAAUGAGUGUCCCAUUCUGAAUGAGAUGCUCAAAUCCCCCAGGACUGGAUGCAGCUCUAUAGUGAAACGUCUGUAUGGAUAGCUAGCAGAACUCUGAUUUCCAUGUUCUCUGAGCCGAUAUGGCAUGCCUCACUAUCAGUCAAAGUGAUAACCACAUGUACAGUUCAUCAGUUAGAAACCUUACAUAUGUUUCUGCACUGGAAGGUCACUGGGAAACAUAUGCCUUGUUAAUGUCUACCUACAUAGGAGGUCAUAUGAUCAAUGUUAUUUGCGCCAGAUUCAGUUGUUUUCUGAGUUCAAAGUUCAUCGAGCACUGAAUAGAUAAUACCGCUACCAAAGCAUGACCAGAGAGAAAAGUGUGUUGUCUUAAGCACUACAUUUGUAAAAUUUGGGGUGAUAGAAACUGUCGACACCAUGUCAACAAUGUGACGGAUCAAUUCUCUCCUGGUAAUAGUUCUUGGGUAGUGAUGUUCUCUGUUUUCACUGACAGCAGCUGCACUGGGACUGAGUAAAAUAUAACUGACAGAAAUUCCAGAACUGGUUUGUUUGGGGAACAGAGAAAGCUAAGACAGCUACUUAAUUCUGACACAUUUCAUUUUAAUGUCUUUGUCUAUAUGUGAAAUUCUUUUAUGCUAAAGCACAGUCAGUAUUGUUUUUCUACUCAUUCUGUUUUAAUUUUCAAAAGCAGGAUACCAUUUACAUGAAAUAACAGAGCUGUGCUGUGUGAAAAUACUGUAGUAAUUUACUGGCUGCAUAAGUAUCUUAUACUACCCAAAACUCAAGGUGACAUAAUUUUUCCAUACUUGACUGUAAUGCAGGCUGGUCCAUUUUUUUCAGUAAUAACUUCUGUUUUCUUUCUGCUAACUUUAUUUUGGUAAUACUGCUUGUAAGGGAGGCUGGUGUUUUCUCAGCCCUAUCUUGUACUUGUUCAGUAAUUUAAUAAGGGAUAGUGAAGGCAGCACCCACUUAAAAGUGGUGUUAUAAGUUUGGAGAAAGAAAACUGCAGUGGUGAAAAAGUAAUAAAGAUAUUCAAUUUGCUGCAUACUUAAAACAUUCAUUAAAGACUAUAUUAUGAUUGUUUUACUUAUAUUUCCAUAACAUUUGGUAUGGGCGGAGAGGACUUGAUAGCCUUAUUUAUAGUUUGCACUUGGGAAAAGUUUCUGAUGGGAGCUAAAACUUACUUAUGCCUUACUGGUUAAUGCAGUCAUGCAGAUUUUAUCCACUAACAGGCCUGGGACACAUUUGCAUGUAUUUUCAUAAAUAAACCUACUUUUUUAGUUGUAAGAGUA